AGUAAACAGGUCUGUCAGUGUGACUUACACACAGGUGAAACAUUAGCCGGGCAGGGAGAGAGGAGCCACACACACUGACACACACACACACACACACACACACACACACACACACACACACACACACAGCGGUCAGGACAGAUGGCGGAUUCAAAGCGAACAUCUGAACCCAUCAACUUUGUGCAUCAGGAUGAAAUCUGGAAAGCACAUGUAAAAGUUGAGAAGGAUUCGGCUGAAGUCUGGCCCAACAAGUGGGGCUUCCUCACUGAGGUCUACAAGGAGUUCAGGAGGGAGAGUGUGAAGCUGAAUGGAGCGGUCAGUGUGGAGCCUCCCCAUCACCUGGACCCACAACCUGCAACCCCUACAGAAAAAUACAUCCAUGUUGGCCCCUCUCCUCCUCUUCCUCAGACAACCCAGGGCCUGAUUGGUUGGCGUUCAGGUCACUCACAUCUUCAACUGGAAAAGUACGGCAUGGUUCGUCAUGGGAGGCGUAGUUUCCUGAAGGAGCUGGGCUGGCCUCUUGAGGGCUUGUAGCUGAGUAGCAGCCGCCAUCCCCUGUCGUCUUGACUGAUCACUGACUGAGUAUUGAAUGUGGAUUAAAAUACGCUGCUGGAACAAACACCUUAAGAUCUCUCCCAUGCUCGUACACCUAAUCAACAAAGUAACACAAAGAAAAACAAAAACUCAUUGUCGGCUUGUUUAGAUGUGGGAUCGACAACCUUUUUUAUUAUAAGUGUCAGUUUACAAUCAUGAAGACGACUUGUGUGCCAGCAUUUGUUAACAGACAUAAAUUAUGCACUGGUAGUUUUACUGGAGGUUUGACCUUGUGCAUUAUAUUAAUAAUAGACUUGUAGGCCUGGUAUUUGGACAUGAUCCCCUCUUGUUUAUGCAUACAAAACCAUGUUGUGAUGUAGGUUACUGAAAAGUAAGAUGUGCCGGUUAGUGGAAUUCGUGCCCCUAGCUUUCAUUGCUCAGCUUCACAUUGAAUAAUUGUUAUAGUCGUUUUUAAAGAGGCUAUUUGUAAGUUUUCUCUGCCAAGAAACCAAAUUCCUUGGCAGAGCCCACUGAGCAGUGCUACAUCUCCAGGGCAGUCUGGAUGCUACUGUGAGUCCCUAACGGAAAGUGAUGAGGCGGGCUAGGGCUAGCUGGUUAGCAUGCUGACUUCAGUAGUGGAAAAGAAAUGUUUGAUAUUGAACUUGAAACAUUUCUUUUAGACUGUAGUCACUGUUAACGGCUGUUAGUGCUAACAUUGGAUAGGUAGCAAUAGCUAAAACUUACAUAUAGCUCCUUUAUAUAUAAUAUAUAUAUAUAUUUCUGGUUUAAAAAUAUUAAGGAUUUAGCUUUUCUCUUUCAUAUCUGUUAGGAGACCGAAUACCUUUGGGUUUUGGACUGUUUGUUUGGGUGAUGGGAAAUUUAAACACAAAUUUUACAGACAAGAAGACUAAUAAUCAUUGGUUGCAGUAUAAUGUUUUUAAAGAAUAUAUUUCAGUAAUGUACGUAGACGAUUGCUAAUAAUAACCAUAAUUUAAUAAGAUAAAAACCGUUUGGUAAUUUGUGAAAUCCCCUUGAAGACUCACACAUGACUCACGUUACUGGCGCUGACGUAAUGACAUCACGAGGCCUGUCUGGAAAAGCGGAAGAAGAGAGAAAAACAACAACAGCAGCAGUAGCAGCGGAGGAUCUUCGGCUCGGCGACGAUAGUUGAGCAAAAGGACAACAGAGCAAUUUAGCGAUUACCUGUUCGGUGUCGACGGUUACUGUACGGUUAAUACGACCGCUAUUGUUUACAUUUAAUACCAAAAUGUCGCUAUUUGGUAAGUUAUUCGGCAGCGGUGGUAAGGGUGGGAAAGCGCCGACACCCCAGGAGGCUAUCCAGCGACUCAGAGAGACCGAGGAAAUGUUGGCCAAAAAACAGGAAUUUCUAGAGAAGAAAAUCGACCAGGAGCUCAUAACGGCGAAGAAGAACGGCACGAAAAACAAA